AUGCUUAUUGCGGGGGGUGCACACAUGGAUCCUGACGAUACUCAAGGGCUAGCUCAUUUAUGUGAACAUAUUAUUAUGGGACAACGAGACUUUAAGCAAGCAGUUGAUACUGUAGGAGGAAUAGCUAAUGCCAACACUAGUGGUGAAAUCACCAAUUAUUAUUGGCAAGCUCCAGUUAACGAAGGAGAUGAAGGUCGUAGUUUGGCAAUGAUGGAUAGAUUUGCAAUGUUAUUUGAAAAGGUCAAUAUCCUGGAACAUUUGGUAAGAAGAGAAGUCAAUGCUAUUGAUGAAGAACAUAUUGCCAAUACAAACAACACUACUAGAAUCCUUUACCAUGGAUGUAGACUUCUUGCCAACGAAGAACAUCCUUUCCAUAGGUUUUGCACUGGGAAUAGUGAUACCAUUCUUGCUACUUCCUAUACAACCAUCAGAAAACAUUUGACAGAUUAUAUUUUUGAAAACUAUUUACCCAAGAAUAUGGCCUUGGUCUUGAAAGGUCCCUUCCUGUUGAUCAACCUUCAAAACUUGGCUUAUACUACGUUCUCCAGAAUCCCCAAUAGCAACAACGGAAUGGCAACAACGACGACAACAACAACAACAACAACAACAUCAUCAUCAUCAUCAACAACACAAAAAUCUUUUGCAAUCGUUGAUAAGCAGUUUAAUUAUUCUACAAGAAUCUUCCAACCAGCUCCACGGCUAUUGCUUAUAGCUUCAGAUACCAACUCAUGUCUUCGGUUGAUAUUCCCGUUUAAAAGCUCGAGUAUCAACCAAUUGUUUUCCAAUGCCUGGUGUGAUAUCUUUGGUGACGAACGAGAGAAUACUUUAUGCCAGUAUUUCCAUAAGAAACAAUUCAUCAACAGUCUUGUGACAUCCACCAGUGCUUUGACUUACGAUGAAUCGAUCUUCAUUAUCGAUUUGGACUUGACCAAUAGGGGGAGAGAUAGGCAUCUUCUUGAGAUUGUCCAAUCGGUGUUCUAUUACAUACGUCAUUUGCUACCUAAUGUAAGUGAAGUGGCCAAAUACUUGAGCAGAAUAACCACCAUAAACAAGCUGAACUUUUACUAUAACAGCAAUCCAGGAAGUGGAGUGGAUGAGAUUGAAGAAAUUGGGGAACGACUUCUUGGAGAUUUGAAUGAUUUAGGGUUGCAAAACGUUAUAAAGGGGUUUGGAGAUUUGGAUUUUGAUGUUAGAAAGGGUCGGUUUGUUGGAAGUUAUGAAGAAGAUAAAAAUUGGUGGGAGAAACUAGCUAGAGAUUUUAUUGCGUUAACAAAACUUGUUCUUUCACCUGCUAAUUGCAAGUUGUUAGGUAUGAUGGACUCAGCAAAGAUGUCAAGCAUUUCAUCUAUUGCUACUCAAAUUCUGGAAGAAAUCACGGACCCUUAUUAUCAAUUUGAUUAUCGAAUAUGUGAAGUAAAUGAUGCCAUUUUCCAAUCCCCUUCCCCAGAUAGUCUUCCUCUGCUUCCUGAAAGUCUUCUGUCACCAUUAUUCAUCACUACAACGCUUAAGGAACUCAAUGAAUUGAUAACCUCAUUUAAGAAUAACCCCCUUGGAUUUCAAAAUGCAUCUACACUUUCCACCACAACUCCGACCAAGAUAUCUGAAUCCAAGCAUCAUGAAUUAUGGUUCCGUAACUCGUUGGACAAUGCUACAAGACACAGACUAGUGGUUUCUUUACAAUGGCAGCAUCAAACAUUACCUCAAUCUCCUCACACAACCAUUGCAAUUGAACUCAUUAACCAAGUCAUAGGAGAAAAGUUAAAGUUAAGUCUUUAUGGAGCAGAAGCCGUGGGUGUUGAAUGGGGGUUAUUUAGCAAUUUGAACAGUACCAACAGUAUUCUGUUGACUAUAAAGGGCUUGAUAGAGUCAAUUGAACCCGUGAUUCAAUUUGUUGUGGACCAAAUUAGAAACAUCUUAACCAAUUGGACAUCUGUUGUUAGUGGUGAAGAGUACAUUAGAGCUCGGAUAACCGUUAGAAAACGUUAUGAGGAACUUAUGGAGUCUGGAGGUUUAACUAUGGCAACUGCUGGGCUAAUGGGCUUUUUAGAACAGAAUAUUUGGUCUGCUGAAGAUAGACUAGAUGAGUUGGAAUUGAUUGAGUUUGAAGAUAUUGAUCUUAUCUGUAAAUCCUUUAUCAAUGGGAUCUCCGAAGGUAAGUUCACCCGAUUAUUAAUUACUGGUGACUGUUUGGAGAGAGACUGUGUAAGAGUUGCCAACAUUAUAAAGAAGUUAACCGGAGGAGAUGAUAAGAAUGAGAAAGGUAAUUUCCGAAAGUCAAAGCAUAAAUCAAUGAUUUCUGUUAAAAGUGCAACAUCAACAUAUCCUACACCAUCUAAUUCCGUAUUGCUGAUGCUGCAUUCUGAGAAUAAUUAUAAUGAACCAGCAUCAUAUUAUAUUCCACCGGGGAAACGGUUCACAUUUGAAACAGAAGCUCAUAAGGAUGAUCCCGUGAACACGAUACUCUAUUAUAUUCAAUUAGGACCACGGAAUGAUCCAUAUGUAAGAACAAUGACUAAAUUGUUCAACUACUUACUUGGAAUUAUAGCCUUGAAAGAGCUCCGGGAGAGGAAACAACUAGGGUACAUUGUAAUUAAUGGAAUGAGAAUCAUGAGAACUACUGUUGGAGUUUAUUUGAUGAUUCUAAGCAGUCAAUAUACUCCGAAGGAAUUAAUGAAAGAGAUAGAAAUGUUCUUACUCGAGUGGGAAACAUGUUUAUAUCCGGUGAUAAGCAAUGAAGUAACAUUUGAACGGCAAAUUAUUAGACCUUUUCUUUCCCUGGUUGGUCAAUACAAUGAUCUUAUUCCUACUAAUUUGGUGUACAAUCUGCCACCAUCAGUUAGCAGUACUAAUUUUGAUAAUGAAAAUGAAGUGUAUUUAAGUCAUAAAAAUGAAUGGGAAAAGAUUCUUAAUCGAACCUACAGAUUUGGAGCUCAAAAGGGAGAAGAUGAAAUCGAUCUUGAUAUUGCCAGGAACUUGAAAGCCAAUGAAUUCUGGAAAUUUUUCAGAACUUACAUCUCCAUUAAAUCCAAUGUUAGAUCGAGUCUUUGUGUUCUGUUACGAACAACCAUGAGCAAAGAAGAAGCAGAGAGAAAGAUCAAAAAGACUCAGAUAACCCAAUUGCUUGAAAGCCGAGGGAUUGAUAUGACUUCGGAAGAAAUUGAUUCAUUAAUCGACAGAAAUAAAGGUGACAUGCUCAGAAUAGCCAGUGAAUUAGGGUUGGCCGGAGGAAUUAUCGGAAAAAUAGGCAUGAAGGUGUUAAAGAUAUUUGGAGAUUCAAAGAAUAAAUCAAAGAGUAAACUUGAUACAGGUCAAUUAAGACGAUUGAAAAGAGAAUAUGGAAAUGUGUAUAAGGAUUUGGAGCCAGUUCUCCCAGAAGCUGUUGUUGAUAGUUUUCAAGAUUUUCAUCAACAGCUGGCUAUCAUUGAGUUUCAGUAA